GGACUGCUGGGAUUUUGCUGCAAGUCGCGAACGCCGGUGUUGUAGCUGUUGCCGCCGCCACCGCCGCCGUCCGCUUCAUUUACCAGCGCCAUGAGGGAGAGAAGGACUCCUCAGCCAGUAGUGGCCCGGUGCAAGUUGGUUCUGGUGGGGGAUGUGCAUUGCGGCAAGACGGCCAUGCUUCAGGUGCUGGCCAAAGACUGCUACCCGGAGACCUACGUGCCCACUGUUUUUGAGAACUACACAGCAUGCCUGGAAACGGAGGAGCAACGGGUGGAGCUCAGCCUGUGGGACACAUCUGGAUCCCCAUAUUAUGACAACGUGCGCCCCCUAUGCUACAGUGACUCAGAUGCUGUCCUGCUCUGUUUUGAUGUCAGUCGCCCCGAGACCAUGGAUAGUGCAAUGAAGAAGUGGAAGACUGAAAUCUUGGACUAUUGUCACAAUACCCGUGUGCUGCUGAUAGGAUGCAAGAUAGACCUGCGUACUGACUUCAGCACCCUGAUGGAGUUGUCUCACCAAAAGCAAGCCCCCGUCUCUUACGAACAGGGUUGUUCUGUAGCCAAGCAGCUGGGAGCAGAAAGUUACCUGGAAUGCUCCGCCUUCACAUCAGAGAAGAGCGUCCACAGCAUCUUCCGGACAGUGGCGUCCCUCUGUCUCACCAAGCCUGGCCUCCCAGGGCCCCCCAAGAGCCCCACCCGAAGUUUUCCCAAGAGACUUCUCCGCCUUCCCAGCCGAUCAGAGCUCAUUUCUUCUACUUUUAAGAAGGAGAAAGCAAAAAGUUGUUCUGUCAUGUGAAGAGCUGGCUGCAGAGGGGGGUGAUGGAACCGCUGUGGACUCUGGGUCUCCAGGUGGCCCCUCCAGGGUGGGAUUCAUGGAAUGGCUUGGCUCCUCCGAGCCAGAGCUGGAAAGUUCAGAAGGAUCCAGUUUCCCUCUCUUCCUGCUAUCGAGGGAGGAGAGGGAAACGGCAAAACAUGGCUGGACGGCUCGAAUGAAGAUGGGUGCAAGACUUGCCUGCUCUGUAAGUCUUGGGGCUUGGCACAGCCACAUCUUGGACGGUAGCAGCUCUGGUGACUAUUGUGCAUAUUUGAAGGAACUGGGAGGAAAAAAAUCACCACCAGUAUCCCGCCUUGCCACUGCACAGUUAAUAUCUUCCUUUGGCCCUAGGUCAUCACAUCCAUCUGCUGAUUGUCAAUUGCCUGUUGGAUGCGGACUGAGUGCAAGCAUCUCUCCUUUCUCCCUCUAUGCUGACCCCUCUAUCUAGGAUACAGGUGCCCAGACAUCCUUCCUUGUGGAGAUAAAGCUGGGGGGUGGGAGGAGAGAAUGACCUAUUGAUCUUGUGUAUAUGUGUGGAAAGAAAGGAAAUAUUGAGGGGGGGGAGAUCUGUGAAAUGUUCAGUGUUAUUAAAAGAGAACUUAUUUAUUAAUGAAAAUAUAAUACAGAUUAACCGUCUUAUUCAAAGGGCUUUCUUCUUUGCCAUCACCUCUCUUCUGCUGUCCCAAUGAUUUUACAAAACUUCGAAUUUGAUUCCUUUUCCUCAUACCCCGCCCCCCUGCCUUUGGGGUUGGUUCCUAUUGUUCUAGCUGUGGGUCAAAGUCUUAAAGUAAUCUUCCAAAUGACUCUAGCAAGGAACUUUGGGAUCUACCUGACGCAGCUUUAGUCAAUCAUAGUAUAGGAAAUCAACUGGAUCGGUGAUAGGCAAUACAUACAGCUUUUAAAUUCCAACUCCCACCAAUCCUAGUCUCUUUGGCCAACAGGGAAGGAUGCUGGCAGUUGCAAUCAAUAGCUUUUGGGAGGCUGCUUUGUUUUAGUUCCUGAAACAUAAACAUUUUAUUUCAGAUAUAUAUUCCCAGGCCAGGAUUUUGCUGUAUUUUUAAUUUGGAAAUCUAUUCUGCAAAUGCUGCUAUGCUGGAGGCCCCUGACUUUAAAUAGAGAUCUUUAAUUUAAACCACAUCUCCUUUCUGUAUGGUGAUCGUAAAUUGCCCCAAUAGCUCAUGUGGGCUAAUUGUGGCCUGGUUUUAAUGGACAAACUGAGCCUCUAUCCAGUAGCAUCUGAACUAUGUUUCUGGUUGCAAUUAUCCUGUGAAUGCUAAGGGCGUCAUGGAAUUUGAAGACUUUAAAAUGCCGAAUUGAUACAAUCACCAGAGUAGGAGAAAUCCUUUGGUUCUGGAAAAAAACACAUUGCUGCUUCUGUCACAGCAGCCUAUCUACUAAUUGUAUAUUUAUUUAGAUUUUAUUUUGUUGAGUUCAAAGCGUAUCUAGCACUCUCCCCUGCAUUUCCCCAAGAUAAUCCUGUGUUAGUGAAUGUUUAUCAAGGAAGAGGGCUUAUUCUCUUGUAUGACAAGUACGGGUAGUCCUCAACUUAUGACAAUUAAACCCAAAAUUUAUGUUGAGUUUUGCCCCAUUUUAUGAUCUUGCCACAGUUGUUAAGUGAAUCACUGCAAUUAUUAAAUUAGUAACCUGGUGGUUAAGUGAAUCUGGCCUCCCUAUUGACUUGGCUUGUCAGAAGGUUGCAAAAGGUUAUCACAUGUCUUCAGGACACUGCAGCCAUCAUAAAUAUGAGUCAAUUGCCAAAGGUCUGAGUUUUGAUCACAUGAUCAUGGGGAUGCUGCAAUGAUCGUUAAAUGUGAAAAAUGGCCAUCACUUUUUUCCAGUGCUGUUGAACUUUGAACGCUCACUAAAUGAACUGUUGUAAGUUGAGGACCACCUGUAGUCUUCCUUGGCGAAAUGAUCUAUAAAUGGUUGCUUAUUUGGAUAUGGGACCAGGUCUUUUUUUCCCCUAAUGGAUUCUUAUAAAUACUUUUGCUUCAAGCAAUUGUUGAUGCCCGAUGCUCAUCUGCCAAUGGUUAAGCUUCAUGACCCAUUAGAAAUGUUUUGCAACGUAGCCGCAGACUGAAAAGGGUACAUUUGAAUGCGUCGCACAAGAGUAAUGUUGCUGGUUUAUUUAACUUUACAUUUGAUGAGGUCCUUUUCACAAAGAUGUUACACAUUUCUUCAUUGCAAUAGGUGCAAAGCCUGUUGGCCAAAUCUGCCCACCAAUUUCAGUGAUGCAUUGCUCACUAGAAAGUGCACCUGACAGUAUGACAGGUGCUUUGCUAUUAUUGAGCAGAAGAAAGAGGUCAAGCUUGGCAGAAGAUUUUAUUGCUAGGCUGAAGGUGGGUUCCUCCUAACUUGAAUGCAUAUAUAAAGCUUAUGUAAACUUGCUGAAUCAGGUCAAUUUAUGACGUAGCCAUGUAGUUCCCUUGAUAAUUACAUGGUAGAGGAUUGCCAAUGCCUUCCAGGAUACUUCUUACAUUUUUUAUUGUAGCCCAGUGUUUCUCAACCAUGACAACUUUAUGGAGUGUGGAAUUCAGUCCCCAGAAUUUUCGAGCCAGCAAGCUUCUGGGAGAUUUGAGGAGUGGAGGUCUACAGACCUUAAAAUUGCCAAGAUUGAAAGGCACUGAGCCAACCUGUAAUUCUCGAAUUCUAAUCCUGUUUAGCUCUCAGACCUGGACAAGUCCAGAAGAGGUCAAAAAUAUAGUUGAAUGUUGGUGGCAAGAGCAUUCUUGUUCAUUAUAAGAUGCCUUUCUUAGCUAAUAUAAACUGUUUACAGGCAGACAAGUUAAGCUGCAGUUACACAUGGGAAUCUCAGAUCUCUAUAAAAAAAGGUUACCUUUUAAGCAUCGCUUGUAGGCUUGGGAUAUGGCAGUUCCAGGCAACAAUAAUACUAAAAGGUGCAUGUUUUCUAGUGAUCUUUAUAUACAUUAGUCUUCCUCCAUCUACUACCUUCUAGAUGUCUGAACCUCAGAUUUCAGAAUUCUCAGCAAUUUCUGGGUUGUCUGGAAACAAUAAAACUCAAAAUCCAUUCAACUAAAGGGUGCCCAAGCUGGGGAAGGCUGGUCCAGCUAAAGAGUCUGCUUGAUAAUUAAAAUCUAUUCAAUAUUGCUAAAAGCUAUGCAACUGAAAGACCAAGCCUUGAAUUCUGCUUCUCUUAUUAUGUUGACUUUGUUUGCAAAAUGUAAUAUAAAAAAACAAUGACUCAUUGAAGUACUCUAAACCUGAGAACCUGUUCCCGGUUUUUCCAACCAGUUGAGUUGCCUUGGAGAUGUUAAGUCUAUAACCAGAAUUUUAAACUAGUAAGACCAAAGGUAAUUCUGCAGUCCUAGCACAUCUAGAAGAACCAUUAGAUCGCAGAACCCUUAGUGAGUUUAAUGAUACUCCCACAGUCCAAAUCACCAAUAGACAUCUUCCCUCAAAUUAGCCCACCGACUAAGAUAAUGUUGGACUAGCUAGCCUUUGAAGGCAGCUAUUUUAUCUCACCUGUAUUUUGUGACCUUUGUGUUACAGAAUGGUUGUGCCAUAUUGUAACUGUAAGUCCAGGGAAAGUAGACAGGAUGCCUAGCAGAACCUGAAUUUCACCUUGCGUAAUAAAAUGGUGGGUUUGCUUUAGCCUUCUUGUAGACAAUAAUAAAAUGUAGUCACAUUUAUUACAUUUUUUCUCCAGGCCUUCCAUCCUAAUUACUAGCUGAAUAAUCUUUCUUUCUACAGCACAGUUAAUCUGCUGUUGGGACACACAGCACCACAUCCGAAUUACAUUUUAAUUAUCUUCUUGUUGUCACAGAGUUGUGCUUGGUAAAUAAAAAUAUAUUUUAUUUGAAA